AUGCCCAUCGUCAGGCGGCGAAGUCGCGAUACCACCGUCUCACCACAGAGCAAGUCAAAUAAGAAAGGACUCUCGGUUGCCAUGAACAAACCGAUUUAUUCAUUCUUCAAUGCUGUUACACAGCGUCAAAAUUCAUCGCAGCCUUCGGCGAGUCCGGAACGAUUGCCGAAAUCUGUUGAUGAUCUGGAGACUAUCCAAGACGAAUUUGAAGACGAAGAUAUAGCCAAUGACAUUAGCUUACCUGUAUCAACUCAAGGCUCAAGCAUCGCGCUGGCUAUGCGCAAACGUAAAUCGCCUCUCAGUCAGGAUGGCAGAGGCGUAGCCGACAAUUUGGCGCCAGCAUCCCUCAAGUUCCGCAAAACGAGUAACGGCAGUCGUCUUCCAACACCCGUGCUUUCCUCGGAUGGAAGACCUUGGAUGGAGCGAUUUGGCCCACUCGACAUAACCGAGCUCGCAGUACACAAGCGAAAGGUUGCCGAUGUGCGGCAAUGGCUCGAGCACGCUAGAACGGCGAGGCGGCAACAAGUACUGGUUUUGAAGGGCCCGGCGGGCACUGGCAAAACCACGACGGUCAAAUUGCUGACCAAAGAACUCGGAAUCUCACUGAUUGAGUGGAAGAGCUCUGUAGCUGCUGACGCUGAUUCAGGGGAUGCUCGGACCCAGUCUGCGCAAUUUGAGGACUUUAUCGGCCGAGCAGGAAAAUCUACGAGCCUGUCCCUCAGUUCGGAUGCUGCUGGGACAUUGACACCACCAGUAUCAUUGACGCCUGCUGUAAGCAGUUUGAACGGUAACCAAGCACUGCUCAUAGAAGAGUUCCCAAGCACAUUUUCUCGCUCUUCCAAUGCGCUGCAGUAUUUUCGCUCUUCGAUCCUCCAAUUCCUAGCAUCAGAUGUACCAAGACAUGUGAACGCAGUUCCUAUCGUGAUGGUUAUAUCGGAAACGUCAGCGUCGAGCAACACCGCUGCCGCCGACAGCUUCACUGCACAUCGACUUCUCGGACCCGAACUAGGCAACCAUCCUUAUGUUAAUGUGAUCGAGUUCAAUCCCGUGGCGCCAACAAUCUUGAUCAAGGCGCUCGAGCUGGUAGUUGUCAAAGAGUCCCGUUUCUCUGGCAGAAGGAAGACUCCAGGGCCACUGGUACUUCAACGUCUUGCCGAGACCGGCGACAUACGAAGCGCCGUAUGCUCACUGGAGUUUCUGUGCCUGCGUGGCGACGAGGGUGAUACGUGGUCAAGCAAGGUGGCCUUCACGAAAACCAAGAAGGCGAAAUCGCAAUCAUUGACAGAAGCCGAAGAGCAGGCUUUGAAGUUGAUCAGUAAUCGAGAGAGCAGUCUCGGAAUAUUUCAUUCUGUCGGCAAAGUCGUCUACAACAAACGUGUCCAAUCAACAUCUAAGGAAGACCCUCUCCCUGGGUGGCUAUCUCAGUAUUCUCGCAAUAAUAUACCAGAAACAGAUGCCGACGAGCUCUACAACGAGCUUGGAACUGAUGUGAUGACUUUUCUGGCAGCUCUCCACGAGAAUUACGCCCCUUCUUGCAACAGCACAUCGGCUGAACAAAGCCUCGAGUGCAUGCAUCAAUGCUUGGAGCAAUUAUCAGACGCCGAUCUGCUUUCCAUAGAUCAAUUUGCAUACAGCAGCCGCGUGUCUUCGGGGUCCGCUGCAGAUGGCCUGCGGCAGGAUGAGUUGUGCUUUCAGGUCGCUGUGCGAGGCCUUCUGUUCAGUUUGCCUAAUCCAGUCCAUCGCGCUACACUUCCCGGGAGCAGACCGGGUGAUUCCCACAAAAUGCUGUAUCCAGCUUCCUUGCGAUUGUGGAGAAAGCAGGAGGAGACCACAGAUCGACUCAAGUAUAUCUUUGAUCAACUUUGCUCGACGGAGGCGACACUCGACCUCCCAUCAAAUAGAAACGGUCGCCUUGCUACGCCUCAAGGCGUCGAGAGCUGGAGGUCGAAUGCCUUGGGCGUCACCAACACCGCCAUCACAGAAGUGCAGGCCGAUCAGGCCGCACGAUAUAUUCCGGACCAGAAGCUCGACCUACUGCUAGACCGAUUGCCUUACAUGGCGCGGAUACUGCCUGUCAAAGAGCUGACCUCUUCAACUCUCGUGACCAAACCUUCUGGCAGCGAAUUACAGUCUCUGCCCGAGACAGUACCCGCUGACGAGGCAAAUGACGAUUUUGAUUCAAGCGUGGCGCGGGGGAUUCUCGCCAUCAAAUCGAAAUCCAACUCUAGCGAAAAGACGCCAUUCGGGGCUCCGAAAAUAUCUGGGCAUGUGCCAGCCCGCACGCCACAUGUUGCUCGAUCCGAAGUCGCGGAGGUUUCGAUAGGCAGUCUCGUUUUAGAGGAUGAUGAUAUUGUCGAUGACUGA